GAAGCGGCGCCGCUUGUUUGAAAUCGGCGGCGAGGGCUCCAGCCGGGCUCGAGCCGCUGGGUGCCAUGUCCACCCCUCCGCUGGCGCCCGGGGGCAUGGCGUCCGGCCCCUUCGGCGGUCCGCAGGCGCAGCAGGCGGCGCGCGAGGUCAACACGGCCACGCUGUGCCGCAUCGGCCAGGAGACGGUGCAGGACAUCGUGUACCGCACCAUGGAGAUCUUCCAGCUGCUCAGGAACAUGCAGCUGCCUAAUGGUGUCACUUACCAUACUGGAACUUACCAAGACCGAUUAACAAAGCUACAGGACCAUCUUCGCCAACUUUCUAUUCUCUUCAGGAAGCUACGGUUGGUCUAUGACAAAUGUAAUGAGAACUGUGGUGGAAUGGACCCCAUUCCCGUUGAGCAACUUAUUCCAUAUGUGGAUGAAGAUGGCUCAAAGAAUGACGACCGUGCUGGUCCACCUCGUUUUGCUAGUGAAGAGAGACGAGAAAUUGCGGAAGUAAAUAAAAAACUCAAACAGAAGAAUCAACAGCUGAAGCAGAUUAUGGAUCAAUUACGGAAUCUCAUCUGGGACAUAAAUGCCAUGCUGGCAAUGAGGAACUAAACUGAUAUUUAAAUCUUCUGCUCUACUCAUGUGAUGCGAUUGGCUGUUUUUCCCCUUGAGUAUUCCUCCCUGUGCAAAGAUUAUUUAUUUCUUCAUCUUAAGGGCUAGCACUGGACUUGCUAUUUUCACACUGCAGUGUUUACUAUACCCUCCUGUUUAAAUGCCAUUGGUUUUAAGAUUGUUGCAGUAGCCUUUGAUAGAGUGAGAGUUGAUGAAAGAUUAUUAUACUGGCCUUUGAUAGGGUGGGAGAGGAUUCAUAGUUAAUAUUCAUGAUUUGAAUAAGUUGAAAAGUUUAUAAAUAAAAAUUCAAACAUAACCAGUGUUUUUUCUUAUUUUAGUUGCUGUGUUCAAAGAGAGGGAAAAUAUAAAUAUUUUAGCAACCAUAUUUUCUCUAAAAGAAGUUAAUUAAAAUUAAAAAUAUUACCAUUUCACCUCAUUUUUUUAAAUUCAAUUUUAUUUUCAAACCAGUAACUAGUUUGCUGCUCUGAAAUUACUUUUAUCAUGUUCUUAAAGUGUUUUUCUGAAUUGAAAUGAGAGAGGUGAUUUAACGAAGAUAAAAAUUCGUUACAGAUACUUGCGUAUCUGUGACCUGCCUUAAGCCCGAUAGCAGGGAAUUUGCUUUUCACAGAUAUCCCAAUUCUGACUAUGUGUAGAAACAGUGCAUUUUUAAGAAUUCUAAUCUAGACUAUUCUUUAGAACAGUGGUUCUUUCUCGUUAUUAUUAAUUUUUAUUAUUAUUAUUAUUUAAAAUGCAUUCACUUUGUAUCCCAAUUGCAUUUCCCUCCCUCACCUCUUCCCAGUCCCAUCCUCUCUCCUUCUUCCUUCCUGUCCCUCUCCCUGUCCACUGAUAGGGGACAUCCUCCCCUACUGUCUGAUCCUAGCCUAUCAGGUCCCAUCAGGACAGCCUGAAUCCUCUUCCUCUGUGGGCCGGCUAGGUUGCCCCCACCAGGGAGAAUUGAUCAAGAAGUAGGCAACUGAGUUCAUGUCAGAGACUGUCUCUUCUCCCUUACUAGGGAUCCCACAUGGAGACUGAGCUGUUUAUGGGCUAUAUCUGAGCAGGGACUCUAGGUCCUCUCUAUGCAUGGUCUUUGGUUGAUGCAUCAGUCUCUGCAGUACCCACUGGGCACAGCCUUUUUGGCUUUAUUGGUCUCCUUGUGGGGCUCCUGCCCCCCCCCCAACUCCUUCUAUAUCCCCUUCUUCCAUAAGACUUUCUGUGCUCUAGGACAGUGGCUCAGCCUUCCUAAUACUGUGACCCCUUAUUAUGGUGACCCAGCCAUAAAAUUAUUUUCUUUGCUACCUCAUAACUAAUUUUGCUACCAUUAUGAAUUGUACUGUAAAUUCUAAUAUGCAAAUGGUCUUAGGUGAUUCCUGUGAAAGGGUUGUUCAUCCCACAGAUUGAGAGCUGAUACCUUAAGAUAAAAGUACUUUUUCAGUUUACAGGUCUGUCUGGCGGGCUUUCUAGCCUUUGUCACAAGGUCCUACCUGGUCUGACUUGACUGUGAAAAUCCUGCUGUUUGAUUCUUGUUUGUGGAUUAAGUUUCUCCAAAAGGUCACCUAAGAAACGAGUAGCCAGCUUCCUCUGAGAAAGGGAACCGAUACUUGGGAUCAGAGUUCAGAAUUUGCUGAUCUUUCAUUGUCUACACUUUUGUACCUUCUCAGUGUAAUAGCCUGUACAGAUAUUACCUAAUCAAAACUACAUUUCAUGCUGAGCUAUGCAGAUUGCCAGCAGUAUUAGGUGACAGAGUGCAAGAAGACUUGAGUUUACUUCUGCUGAUAACAGUUCUAAGCAAGCCCACUAUUGAUGAGAAUCAUCGGGGAAUCUCUGUAUAGUUGCAGGGCAAAAGCAACUAUGUGAACCUGAGACACAGAGAAGCAUGUAGGACAAAGUCUAGGUUAGCAUGGUACUCCACAGGACCUAAGGAUCGUACAGCUUGUUAAGACAUGCAGGAUUUCUGUAGGUUUUCCUAUGCACCAUAGUCUGUUUAGCUUUUGCUGUUGUGACUUUAAUAUACUAUUGUACUAAUGAUAAUGAGGCAUGCAUGCAUGUAGAACAGUAUUAAUCUAAGCUCCACUUGACUUGGACUAAGCACAUACCUCUCUUUGAACAAAACACUUGGCAGUCUGAAACCAUACCUGUACAUAUGGGAUGUGCACUUUCCUAAACAAUUCACCUAGCAGCGUAGGAUCCCUACUUGCAUAAAGCUGCACACUACCAUCUCUGAAUAAUGGAAUAAAUUUCUUUUCCUUUAAUGACCAUCUUCCUUAGGAUCUCCAGUUAUACCAAGAAGGUGAAGAGGGCUAGAUCUGUCUUAGACUAGGAAGGCCUAAACAGUUGAAAUCAGAGCCUUUGGGUAUCUCCACUCAGUGUAUUGUGGUAAAUUCUGUUACUUCCCUUUGAAUAAACUUCCCUUGUUACUUUCCAA